UGUGGGUGGAAACUGGAGAAUCAAGAUGGCAGCGCCCUGCUCGAGGAUGGCGAGUCGUCCUUUAUGGCAAUUUAUUACAAAUGUCAGACGAACGGGGCUAAAACAUACAGGAGUUCGUCAAUUUUCUCUCAGUUAUGCUUGUCGAGCUGCAACUCAGACCAGCAGUAAAACGGAAAGCGUCGCGUCUCCGUGGAAGCUGUACGGGGCGGUGUGUCUCCAGAGGCUGCCUGUCAUAUCACAGGAGCGGAACCCGAUCGAAGACCAAUUCGCUGAGCUCAUGCAUCAGAUGGAGCUGGAGCGAAGCCUGCUGUCGGAACACGAGCAGAGGCUCCUAGAGGACGCGGAGCGUAUGGCUCGUAAACAGGCAGACAACUACGAUUCAGAUGAGGAGGAGGCGGACUACGGUGGCCAGGAGACCAUCACAGCUCAGGACCAGGACGACACCUGGGAACAGAAUCUCAAACACUUCCAACCUGCUCUCAGAGACAGAGAUGUAGGUGGGACACCGCUGGGCUCAGUGGAGAGGUGUCUAGGAGACAGCCUGGUCCUGCUGGUGCAGCAGACUGUCGGGAAAGAGAACAUCUGGCUGCUCCCUCAGGCCCCGUGGGAGGCAGGGGAGACUCUCCGACAGACCGCAGAGAGAGUCCUCAGCAGCCUGCCAGAGGCUGAUUUCAAGGCUACGUUCCUUGGCAACACCCCCUGUGGAGUGUACAGGUACAAGUUCCCCAAAGAUGUCCGGACAGAGAGCUGCGUGGGAGCCAAGGUCUUCUUUUUCAAAGCUUUACUGUCCGCUGGUUCAGCCAGUCAGAAAGAACCUUUCCUGUGGGUGAAGAAGACUGAACUGCAGGGUUACCUGAAGCCAUCUUACUUGGAGAAAGUUGACCGCUUCAUACUCAACCUGUGAUCUGAUGAGAGCUGAUGGAGUAGAUCUGAUGAGAGCUGAUGGAGAAGAUGUGAUGAGAGCUGAUGGAGUAGAUCUGAUGCAGAGCUGAGGGAGAAGAUGUGAUGAGAGGUUACAGAUGUCUUGUUAGAACGUCCUCUUUGACGUCAUUUUUCUGUCACAGCACCUGUUGUCUUCUCCUGCCCAUCCACUUUGUGUGCAAGAUGAUUAAAGUGAAUCAGUUGUUCCAACAUAUAAACCAUUCCGUGUUGUCUGUAGGCCUGUAUCCCAGAGGAUAGAAAGCCAGUCUCUUUGCUUGUGUGUUGUUCUAUGCAGACGGUGUAUUGUCCUGUCCACUAGAUGGCAGUAGUGAGACAGAGACUGGUCAGAACAGUGUAUUGUCCUGUCCACUAGAUGGCAGUAGUGAGACAGAGACUGGUCAGAACAGUGUAUUGUCCUGUCCACUAGAUGGCAGUAGUGAGACUGGUCAGAACAGUGUAUUGUCCUGUCCACUAGAUGGCAGUAGUGAGGCUGGUCAGAACAGUGUAUUGUCCUGUCCACUAGAUGGCAGUAGUGAGACAGGCUGGUCAGACAGUGUAUUGUCCUGUCCACUAGAUGGCAGUAGUGAGACAGGCUGGUCAGAACAGUGUAUUGUCCUGUCCACUAGAUGGCAGUAGUGAGACUGGUCAGAACAGUGUAUUGUCCUGUCCACUAGAUGGCAGUAGUGAGGCUGGUCAGAACAGUGUAUUGUCCUGUCCACUAGAUGGCAGUAGUGAGACAGAGGCUGGUCAGAACAGUGUAUUGUCCUGUCCACUAGAUGGCAGUAGUGAGACUGGUCAGAACAGUGUAUUGUCCUGUCCACUAGAUGGCAGUAGUGAGACUGGUCAGAACAGUGUAUUGUCCUGUCCACUAGAUGGCAGUAGUGAGACUGGUCAGAACAGUGUAUUGUCCUGUCCACUAGAUGGCAGUAGUGAGACAGAGGCUGGUCAGAACAGUGUAUUGUCCUGUCCACUAGAUGGCAGUAGUGAGACAGGCUGGUCAGAACAGUGUAUUGUCCUGUCCACUAGAUGGCAGUAGUGAGACAGACUGGUCAGAACAGUGUAUUGUCCUGUCCACUAGAUGGCAGUAGUGAGACAGAGGCUGGUCAGAACAGUGUAUUGUCCUGUCCACUAGAUGGCAGUAGUGAGACUGGUCAGAACAGUGUAUUGUCCUGUCCACUAGAUGGCAGUAGUGAGACAGGCUGGUCAGAACAGUGUAUUGUCCUGUCCACUAGAUGGCAGUAGUGAGACAGAGGCUGGUCAGAACAGUGUAUUGUCCUGUCCACUAGAUGGCAGUAGUGAGACAGGCUGGUCAGAACAGUGUAUUGUCCUGUCCACUAGAUGGCAGUAGUGAGACUGGUCAGAACAGUGUAUUGUCCUGUCCACUAGAUGGCAGUAGUGAGACUGGUCAGAACAGUGUAUUGUCCUGUCCACUAGAUGGCAGUAGUGAGACAGGCUGGUCAGAACAGUGUAUUGUCCUGUCCACUAGAUGGCAGUAGUGAGACAGGCUGGUCAGAACAGUGUAUUGUCCUGUCCACUAGAUGGCAGUAGUGAGACUGGUCAGAACAGUGUAUUGUCCUGUCCACUAGAUGGCAGUAGUGAGACAGACUGGUCAGAACAGUGUAUUGUCCUGUCCACUAGAUGGCAGUAGUGAGACUGGUCAGAACAGUGUAUUGUCCUGUCCACUAGAUGGCAGUAGUGAGACAGAGACUGGUCAGAACAGUGUAUUGUCCUGUCCACUAGAUGGCAGUAGUGAGACUGGUCAGAACAGUGUAUUGUCCUGUCCACUAGAUGGCAGUAGUGAGACAGAGGCUGGUCAGAACAGUGUAUUGUCCUGUCCAAUAGAUGGCAGUAGUGAGACUGGUCAGAACAGUGUAUUGUCCUGUCCACUAGAUGGCAGUAGUGAGACUGGUCAGAACAGUGUAUUGUCCUGUCCACUAGAUGGCAGUAGUGAGACAGGCUGGUCAGAACAGUGUAUUGUCCUGUCCACUAGAUGGCAGUAGUGAGGCUGGUCAGAACAGUGUAUUGUCCUGUCCACUAGAUGGCAGUAGUGAGACUGGUCAGAACAGUGUAUUGUCCUGUCCACUAGAUGGCAGUAGUGAGACUGGUCAGGACAGUGUAUUGUCCUGUCCACUAGAUGGCAGUAGUGAGACUGGUCAGAACAGUGUAUUGUCCUGUCCACUAGAUGGCAGUAGUGAGACUGGUCAGAACAGUGUAUUGUCCUGUCCACUAGAUGGCAGUAGUGAGACUGGCUGGUCAGAACAGUGUAUUGUCCUGUCCACUAGAUGGCAGUAGUGAGACUGGUCAGAACAGUGUAUUGUCCUGUCCACUAGAUGGCAGUAGUGAGACAGGCUGGUCAGAACAGUGUAUUGUCCUGUCCACUAGAUGGCAGUAGUGAGACUGGUCAGAACAGUGUAUUGUCCUGUCCAAUAGAUGGCAGUAGUGAGACUGGUCAGAACAGUGUAUUGUCCUGUCCACUAGAUGGCAGUAGUGAGACUGGUCAGAACAGUGUAUUGUCCUGUCCACUAGAUGGCAGUAGUGAGACAGAGACUGGUCAGAACAGUGUAUUGUCCUGUCCACUAGAUGGCAGUAGUGAGACUGGUCAGAACAGUGUAUUGUCCUGUCCACUAGAUGGCAGUAGUGAGACAGAGGCUGGUCAGACAGUGUAUUGUCCUGUCCACUAGAUGGCAGUAGUGAGACAGGCUGGUCAGAACAGUGUAUUGUCCUGUCCACUAGAUGGCAGUAGUGAGACUGGUCAGAACAGUGUAUUGUCCUGUCCACUAGAUGGCAGUAGUGAGACUGGUCAGAACAGUGUAUUGUCCUGUCCACUAGAUGGCAGUAGUGAGACUGGUCAGAACAGUGUAUUGUCCUGUCCACUAGAUGGCAGUAGUGAGACUGGUCAGAACAGUGUAUUGUCCUGUCCACUAGAUGGCAGUAGUGAGACUGGUCAGAACAGUGUAUUGUCCUGUCCACUAGAUGGCAGUAGUGAGACAGAGGCUGGUCAGAACAGUGUAUUGUCCUGUCCACUAGAUGGCAGUAGUGAGACUGGUCAGAACAGUGUAUUGUCCUGUCCACUAGAUGGCAGUAGUGAGACAGGCUGGUCAGAACAGUGUAUUGUCCUGUCCACUAGAUGGCAGUAGUGAGACAGGCUGGUCAGAACAGUGUAUUGUCCUGUCCACUAGAUGGCAGUAGUGAGACAGGCUGGUCAGAACAGUGUAUUGUCCUGUCCACUAGAUGGCAGUAGUGAGACAGGCUGGUCAGAACAGUGUAUUGUCCUGUCCACUAGAUGGCAGUAGUGAGACAGGCUGGUCAGAACAGUGUAUUGUCCUGUCCACUAGAUGGCAGUAGUGAGACAGGCUGGUCAGAACAGUGUAUUGUCCUGUCCACUAGAUGGCAGUAGUGAGACAGAGACUGGUCAGAACAGUGUAUUGUCCUGUCCACUAGAUGGCAGUAGUGAGACAGAGGCUGGUCAGAACAGUGUAUUGUCCUGUCCACUAGAUGGCAGUAGUGAGACUGGUCAGAACAGUGUAUUGUCCUGUCCACUAGAUGGCAGUAGUGAGACAGGCUGGUCAGAACAGUGUAUUGUCCUGUCCACUAGAUGGCAGUAGUGAGACAGGCUGGUCAGAACAGUGUAUUGUCCUGUCCACUAGAUGGCAGUAGUGAGACAGGCUGGUCAGAACAGUGUAUUGUCCUGUCCACUAGAUGGCAGUAGUGAGACUGGUCAGAACAGUGUAUUGUCCUGUCCACUAGAUGGCAGUAGUGAGACUGGUCAGAACAGUGUAUUGUCCUGUCCACUAGAUGGCAGUAGUGAGACAGAGGCUGGUCAGAACAGUGUAUUGUCCUGUCCACUAGAUGGCAGUAGUGAGACUGGUCAGAACAGUGUAUUGUCCUGUCCACUAGAUGGCAGUAGUGUGACAGAGGCUGGUCAGAACAGUGUAUUGUCCUGUCCACUAGAUGGCAGUAGUGAGACAGGCUGGUCAGAACAGUAUAUUGUCCUGUCCACUAGAUGGCAGUAGUGAGACAGGCUGGUCAGAACAGUGUAUUGUCCUGUCCACUAGAUGGCAGUAGUGAGACUGGUCAGAACAGUGUAUUGUCCUGUCCACUAGAUGGCAGUAGUGAGACAGGCUGGUCAGAACAGUGUAUUGUCCUGUCCACUAGAUGGCAGUAGUGAGACAGGCUGGUCAGAACAGUGUAUUGUCCUGUCCACUAGAUGGCAGUAGUGAGACUGGUCAGAACAGUGUAUUGUCCUGUCCACUAGAUGGCAGUAGUGAGACUGGUCAGAACAGUGUAUUGUCCUGUCCACUAGAUGGCAGUAGUGAGACAGAGGCUGGUCAGAACAGUGUAUUGUCCUGUCCACUAGAUGGCAGUAGUGAGACUGGUCAGAACAGUGUAUUGUCCUGUCCACUAGAUGGCAGUAGUGAGACAGGCUGGUCAGAACAGUGUAUUGUCCUGUCCACUAGAUGGCAGUAGUGAGACAGAGGCUGGUCAGAACAGUGUAUUGUCCUGUCCACUAGAUGGCAGUAGUGAGACAGGCUGGUCAGAACAGUGUAUUGUCCUGUCCACUAGAUGGCAGUAGUGAGACUGGUCAGAACAGUGUAUUGUCCUGUCCACUAGAUGGCAGUAGUGAGACAGAGGCUGGUCAGAACAGUGUAUUGUCCUGUCCACUAGAUGGCAGUAGUGAGGCUGGUCAGAACAGUGUAUUGUCCUGUCCACUAGAUGGCAGUAGUGAGACAGGCUGGUCAGACAGUGUAUUGUCCUGUCCACUAGAUGGCAGUAGUGAGACUGGUCAGAACAGUGUAUUGUCCUGUCCACUAGAUGGCAGUAGUGAGACUGGUCAGAACAGUGUAUUGUCCUGUCCACUAGAUGGCAGUAGUGAGACUGGUCAGAACAGUGUAUUGUCCUGUCCACUAGAUGGCAGUAGUGAGACAGAGGCUGGUCAGAACAGUGUAUUGUCCUGUCCACUAGAUGGCAGUAGUGAGACUGGUCAGAACAGUGUAUUGUCCUGUCCACUAGAUGGCAGUAGUGAGACAGGCUGGUCAGACAGUGUAUUGUCCUGUCCACUAGAUGGCAGUAGUGAGACAGAGACUGGUCAGAACAGUGUAUUGUCCUGUCCACUAGAUGGCAGUAGUGAGACAGAGGCUGGUCAGAACAGUGUAUUGUCCUGUCCACUAGAUGGCAGUAGUGAGACAGGCUGGUCAGACAGUGUAUUGUCCUGUCCACUAGAUGGCAGUAGUGAGACAGAGACUGGUCAGAACAGUGUAUUGUCCUGUCCACUAGAUGGCAGUAGUGAGACUGGUCAGAACAGUGUAUUGUCCUGUCCACUAGAUGGCAGUAGUGAGACUGGUCAGAACAGUGUAUUGUCCUGUCCACUAGAUGGCAGUAGUGAGACAGAGGCUGGUCAGAACAGUGUAUUGUCCUGUCCACUAGAUGGCAGUAGUGAGACAGAGACUGGUCAGAACAGUGUAUUGUCCUGUCCACUAGAUGGCAGUAGUGAGACAGGCUGGUCAGAACAGUGUAUUGUCCUGUCCACUAGAUGGCAGUAGUGAGACUGGUCAGAACAGUGUAUUGUCCUGUCCACUAGAUGGCAGUAGUGAGACUGGUCAGAACAGUGUAUUGUCCUGUCCACUAGAUGGCAGUAGUGAGACAGAGGCUGGUCAGACAGUGUAUUGUCCUGUCCACUAGAUGGCAGUAGUGAGACAGGCUGGUCAGACAGUGUAUUGUCCUGUCCACUAGAUGGCAGUAGUGAGGCUGGUCAGAACAGUGUAUUGUCCUGUCCACUAGAUGGCAGUAGUGAGACAGGCUGGUCAGAACAGUGUAUUGUCCUGUCCACUAGAUGGCAGUAGUGAGACUGGUCAGAACAGUGUAUUGUCCUGUCCACUAGAUGGCAGUAGUGAGACUGGUCAGAACAGUGUAUUGUCCUGUCCACUAGAUGGCAGUAGUGAGACAGGCUGGUCAGAACAGUGUAUUGUCCUGUCCACUAGAUGGCAGUAGUGAGGCUGGUCAGAACAGUGUAUUGUCCUGUCCACUAGAUGGCAGUAGUGAGACAGGCUGGUCAGAACAGUGUAUUGUCCUGUCCACUAGAUGGCAGUAGUGAGACUGGUCAGAACAGUGUAUUGUCCUGUCCACUAGAUGGCAGUAGUGAGACAGAGGCUGGUCAGAACAGUGUAUUGUCCUGUCCACUAGAUGGCAGUAGUGAGACUGGUCAGAACAGUGUAUUGUCCUGUCCACUAGAUGGCAGUAGUGAGACUGGUCAGAACAGUGUAUUGUCCUGUCCACUAGAUGGCAGUAGUGAGACUGGUCAGAACAGUGUAUUGUCCUGUCCACUAGAUGGCAGUAGUGAGACAGGCUGGUCAGAACAGUGUAUUGUCCUGUCCACUAGAUGGCAGUAGUGAGACUGGUCAGACAGUGUAUUGUCCUGUCCACUAGAUGGCAGUAGUGAGACAGGCUGGUCAGAACAGUGUAUUGUCCUGUCCACUAGAUGGCAGUAGUGAGACUGGUCAGAACAGUGUAUUGUCCUGUCCACUAGAUGGCAGUAGUGAGACAGGCUGGUCAGACAGUGCCUCUAUAUUCGGCCCAGAGUACAUAGGGAUGCACACAGACCCUCUCAGAUUCAACUGUCCCUUCACUAAUGAUAGAAAUAUCCCCUCUUCCACUGGUGUAAAGUACUUCAGUAAAAAUACUUUAAAGUUCUACCUAAGUAGUUUUUUAGGGGUAUCUGUACUUUACUUUAAUAUACAUAUUUUUGACAACUUUUACUUCACUAUAUUGCUAAAUAAAAUAAUAUACUUUUUACUCCAUGCAUUUUCCCUGACACCUAAAAGUACUCGUUACAUUUUGAACGUUUAGCAGGACAGGAAAUGGUCCAAUUCACACUUAUCAAGAGAACAUCCCUGGUCAUCCUUUCUGGAGGACUCACUAAACAGAGAACAUCCCUGGUCAUCCCGUCUAGCCUCUGAUCUGGAGGACUCACUAAACACAUGCUUCGUUUGUAAAGGAAGUCUGAGUGUUCCCCUGGCUAUCUGUAAAUUUAAAAAGAAAGAUUUUUUUUAAAUAUAUAAGUAAUUUGGUUAAUUUCAAAUGAUACUUUUCCUUUUGAUAUUUUUGUAAAAGUAUUUGGUUUUAAAUAUACUUAUCGUAUUUUACUGGGUGACUUUCUAUUGGGUCAUUUUAAGGUGUCUACUGUUACUAGGUGACUUUCUAUUGGUUCAUUGUCUCUACUGUUCCUCAGUAUGCCCAUAGCUGCAGGAAGAUGUUUUGAGUUGGGGGGGGGGGCUUUUAUAAACGCAUUUCAUGCAAUUCUACGUCAUUUAGCCUACAUGAUCGACGACAUUAGCAGUGUCAUGACGUGGCCCUCUUUGGGUAUAGCGUGCCUUCCCUCUCUCUCUCUCCUACACCCAGGCUGCUGUUAUCUCAGGUCGUAAAUUCCUGGAGGAGACUCUCUUCCUCAUGGCCAGACAGUAUAGAGAGAGACGGUUUCACAGGAGAACAAAGGAACCUCUUCUCCAGCAUAGAACUUGAGAACUGAACAGUGUCCAUGUUUUGUAGAAUGUGUACACGGUCGGGGAAGAAUCCAGCUACGACCGGUCCGUUUCGUUUAAUGUUUGUGAAACUCAUGAGAGACAAUACAGCCACAUUACCAUAACUCUGUUUAUACAAGAGUCUCAGUUAUGAGGUUUGCAUCUAAUUUUUGUAUAAAAUGAAUGAGUAAAGAUGAAACUAUUUGUGAA